GAUGGACGGGACUGAAUUGGAGACUCUGCAGUUUAUCAAUGAUUCAUCCACAACCUCCAGUGUGAGCCUGCAAAAGCAACGACUGCAUCUGCAAUGUCCCCUGGUGGUUACUGCUGUGGUCUGGGGAGUAACUAAGUUUAUUUAUGCAUUGUUUGUACAUUCGGUAUUGAUUUACAACAAUAUUUAAGGAAAAUACUGCCCUACCAUCCACUGCCAGCCGUUUUCAUUCACAAAAUUCGCAGAAUCCGCCUGUGUGCGCUCUCAACGCCAAGCUUUGCUGCAUUUACAAAGCAGAGCAUUCCCCGUUGUACCUGGGUGCAAGCGAAGCUAGUUAUCAGUCUUGGGACGUUUAAAGCACCGGAAAUCUGAUUAACGAUCAAAGAAGACCGAGUCUAAAUGGAGCGCCGGGUCUCUCUGGGCGGGAAUGCAGGAAAUCCCGCUUCUGUGUUCCAACCCUUUCUGGAUGGCCGCUUACCUUGCGGGAGGUUACAGCACACGCCCAUCUUCCCCAUGGACCAAAUGAAGCCGAGCCGCCUGGAAAACGACUACGUGGAGAACCCUGUGGCCAGCCAGCCCUGCAGGAAUCCCAGCCCCCAGAGCAGGCCGGGCCAGCCUCCAGAAUCAACAGCGCCCAGCCCCCGGGAGCCGGCCUGUCAGCACCCCGCCACACCCUGGGCACCUGCGACCGGGCGACCCAGCUCCAUCAGCAGCAGCAGCAGCACCUCCUCGGACCAGCGGCUCCUGGACCACGCGGCGCCGCCUCCCGUGGCCGAGCAGCAGGGCUGCCCCAGGGCGGUCCGCUCACAGCCCAAGUCACCCCUCGGCAGCAAAAGUGUCGACCUGAAGGAGACGCCCCGCCGCCAGGAGAACGCCAAGCACAUGGUGUUGUGCGAGGGCUGCGGGAAGUGCAGGUGUAACCAGUGCGUGUCCCCCAGGACUCUGCCCUUCUGUUGGGUUUGCAGCCAGAGGUGCCUCUGCUCCCCACAGAAAGUUGUCAACUAUGCUACCUGCAUGUGUCUGGUAACAGGGAUUUUCUACCAUUGCACCAAUGACGAUGAUGAGAGAUCCUGUGCUGACCAUCCCUGCUCCUGUUCUCACUCUAACUGUGGUGCCCGCUGGUGUUGUAUGGGGGCCAUGUCGGUGUUCCUGCCCUGUUUGCUGUGCUAUCUGCCAGCCACUGGGUGCGUCAAACUCUCCCAAAAGUUUUACGACACUCUCAGCCGCCCAGGAUGCCGCUGCAAGAACUCCAACAGUGUGUACUGCAAGGUCCCAGAGGUGUCAGUCUGCAGUGGGGAGAAGCCGCCCUCCUGAUGCGAGAGGGCCUGUGAGGUGGGGAUGGGUGGGGGUGAAAUGUGAUGUGGUUAAUGGGACAGUAAAUCACAUCUGUACUUUUCCAGUUCAGUCUUUGCUGCCAGUUCCUGCUUUCAAAAGAAUUACAUGGUCUGUAGAGUAGUGAGUGGGCAAAACCUUACUGUCUUUCUGAAAUGGGCAUAAUAUAUAAUUAAAAGAAACUUUCAAGGAGCAGUUAAAUGUGAGGGUUUUGCAAAGCUCUUUAGAAAUCUAUGCCUUUGUUGUCAACAUUUGGAAUAUGUUCUAUCCAAAAAACGAAGGGUUUCAUUUUCUUGGGAGAGUGGGAUAGGUAGGAGUCCUAAUUCUAAGCAGUCGAAGUCAUUACCUCGAAAUUCCACCAUGUAGUACAUAUUGGUUGCCAUUAUUCUGAUAGAAUUAGCAAUAGGCCAGAAAUCAAACAUGCUUCACAGUUUUGGCUUUUAUUUGAAGUGCCACACAGAAUUUAACGAGGUAUAUUUUAUGGCUAAAGAGUUUCAUUACUGUCACUGCCUAUACUGAGACUUUUUUUUGAAAUAUGAUCAAUAGUGAUUAUUCCUUUAAACUUCUUAAAUGGCAUAAUUUGCUUUUAAGGUGGUAUUUAAAGUCUUGAUCCAUGCUGUGCCGAAAAGCUCUGUGAGGAAAUGGCAUGUUACUCAAAGUAAAGCACAUCGUAAUCACUGCAAAGUUCAGUGUAAUAACUUGACAGACAUUGGUACUACGGGCCAAAGACAUAUUAUAAUUUUACUAGACACUUUAGAUUAGAAUCUUGAAAAAAUACAAUGAAGUAUUUUCAAUGUUCUUGGAAAGGUUGCCCAAACUCUACUCCACAGAUUCUUUAACCUUCAAAUUAAAGCAUCAAAUGUGUUAACUCUGUCUGAUUUCAUGCAACAGAAUGUAAUUUUCUGAAUGCUAGAAAGGCUCUACAGUUGAUUGUUUCUGUGUAUGUUAUGCGUCUGCAACAAAAUUUUGCAUUGCCUUCCCGGUCCCGAUUAAACCUGGUUUCUUGGUCUCUGCAUCACAAGAGUUUCUUAGCACAUCAACAGUACCAGUGGUAAAUGGGAUUAUUUUAUGAGGAGUGAGAGAACUUUGUAUUUCAUCAGUGAGCAUGAUUAGAUGAAAAUGACUCUUUUUCAACUAAAAUUUACAACAAAAAUAAUUACUGGGUCAGCAUUUUAAGAAACUAAUUCUAUUAGAUAUAAAAUUGAUAAUUUACAAUUAUUACCAUGGCUCUAUAUGUAGAGAUAUAUAAAAGGAGGGAGAAAAGGCUCAUGUUGUCUUUGCAUUAUUAAAUUCUUUACAACUACAGUAUGUGAGUGUAGGCAAUUAAGUUUGUAUGUUCAAAGCCGUGUGGAGUCCUGUAGCCUAACCAUUCAGCUCUGAAGAAGUGCUGUGAUGGGAGUAAGAAUCGGCAAUAUCUGCAUCAAUUAACUGAGGCAAGCUCUGUAAGAUCUUAUAAGAAACAAACCAAGAGGACUGAUGAAAGCAUAUGAUAAUAAGAGUUGUAAGAAUUAGAAGUGUAUUAAUUGCAAUAUUUAUAACAAAGAAAAUAAAAUAUUUCUUCCCUAGCCUGCCUUGAUAUAAAUAUCAUCAAUCCUUGACCUUCUUGUGUAUUAUCCACAAG